UCCAGCUGAAGUAGAGCGCCACUAGUCGCUCCGGUCAGUCUACGAGCAGACAUGCAGAUGUUUUGUUGGGGAGACAGUUCGAGUGGACAGUUUGGGGUCCAGGCAACCCUUAGCCCGGUGUCCUGGACCGGGCCCGGAGUCCUAACCAACAUCUGCUGCGGAGAGCAGCACACCUUAUUCCUCAGAGAAGACGGAAAAGUUUUAUCAUGUGGACACAACUCGCAGGGCCAACUUGGACGAAGGAACCAAAGUGGAAAGAUGCUUGGAUCUGUGGAGGGACUCAGUGAUGUUGUUGCCAUGGCUUGUGGUCAGGACCAUUCUCUGGCUUUAUGUGCUUCUGGACAUGUGUUUUCUUGGGGGGCAGGAGAUGAUGGACAGCUUGGGCUUGCACAAGGGCACCCCAGCAACAACCAGAGACCAAGUCGAGUGCCCAUCCCAAUGCCCAUACCGGUAAUCCAGGUGGCUUGUGGAAACUCCCACUCCCUUGCAUUGACCAAAGGAGGAGAUGUCUUCUCCUGGGGUUUAAACAGUCAUGGGCAGUUGGGCCUGGGGAAGGACGUGACACUGCAGCAGAGACCUGUCCUGGUGUGCGCCUUGACCGGAGUUGCAGUAACCCAAGUUUCAGCAGGAGGAAGCCACACACUGUUCCUCACGCUCUCCGGCCUGGCGUACUGCUGUGGGGCCAAUAAAUCUGGCCAGCUGGGGCUCAACAGGGUGGAUGAAAAAGGCAGGUUCAACGUCUGCAUGGUACCUGCUCUCAGACCUCUGGGUGUCUCUUCCAUCAGCUGUGGAGAAUCGCACACUGCUGUGUUGACAAAGGAUGGGAAAGUUUUCACUUUCGGAGACGGGAGCCACGGUCAACUCGGUCACAACUCCACCACCACCGAGGUUCGGCCCAGGCUGGUUGAAGGUCUUGGAGAGACGGCAUCCCAGGUUGCAUGUGGAAGACGUCACACUCUCGUGUUGACUUCUUCUGGACAUCUGUUUGCUUUUGGUAAUGGGGACAAAGGCCAGCUGGGGACAGGACAGCGAGACAGCAGCUCGUCCCCCUCCCUAGUUCAGCUUCCAUGGGCCUCUGACAGUGCUGCUGCCACACCUAGUGACUUGAAGUUAUCAGCUGGAUGGGACACAAACUUCAUUUACACUUCACCUGCAAAGACCUUCAACCAUGGACAAAUAAUUGGCCGGUUGGAUGAGAAAAAAUUGCAAAAGUGGGUGGCAAUGAAGUACAGUAACAUCGAGGCAAAAAGAGAAAUCGAGUCGAUGUUUUACACAAGUUCAAGUCUUGUUGCAAGUUUCACAAAACCUGAAGGGGCUCCGCUGGAAGCUGGUGCUCUAACUGUGGACCUGGAGGCUGCUUGUCAGGCCUUCGACCAGAUGCUGGCAGUCCCAUGGAUCAAGCAAACAGUAAAUCUGGAGCUCCUGAUAGAAUUGCUCAUUCUCUCAAGACAUCCUUUAAAGUCUCCGGAGAUUCUCCUGAUUUUGCUGACAUGUCCGCUGGUACAAGAAGACUCAAACAUCAUGAAUGUGGCUUUGCCUCUGGCUAUCAUUAUUGAGCAUCUCAGUGAGAAGACUCUGGAAACAUUAAAAAGCUAUUGGUCGUCUUUGUCGGCCACCAUUUUGAUCAGGCACAUCAUGGUCUUCAAAAACGCCCUGACUUUCAUUCUGAAGAACGGCCUGUUGCACACCCACAACCCAGGAACCAAACUGCUGCUGAAAGCCCUGAAGCUCCUUUACAAAGCGAACAAAUCUGGACAGUCUUUCAAAGUCCCACUGAGCAACUUUUAUCUCAAGGAAAGCACUGCUAUGGAAACUUUUAAUGCAUUUGUGGAUGUCGCUCUUUGGUUGUCGCUUUCCAAAGUAGAGGACAACGAGCAAACACCCGCCAUUUUCUGCCGCUACCCCUUCGUUUUCCCUCUGAUUUGUAAAGUUGCUGUCUUCAACAUCUUGGCACGUGUGAUGAAGGAAUCUCAUCAUGUUGUUCAUGAAAUGGGUAUGCCGUGGCCUGCGGAGUUUCUUGGAAACACCCUGGACUCCCCUGUCCCGGUGCUGCAGCUGAACCUGAGACGAACUCACCUGGUGGAGGACACCUUCAGACAUCUUGCUGCAGCCGAUCACGCUGCAUUUAAAAGAGAGCUUGUGGUGCAGUUUGUAGAUGACAGGAAGAUCAUGAACGUCAACAAAAAAGACUUUUUCCUCCAUGUGUUUGAUGAGCUCAUGGCUCCUGAAUCUCAAAUGUUUAUGUACAAUGAGAGUCAAACUCUGGCUUGGUUCCCACCCAAGGUUAAAGUGGAGGAAAGGAAGUACUUCCUGUUUGGCGUUCUGUGUGGCCUGGCUCUUUACAACCACAACAUCAUUCACCUGAAGUUCCCGCUGGCGCUCUUCAAGAAGCUGCUCAGAGUCAAAACGUCCCUGGACGACAUGAAGGAGUUUGAUCCUGUCAUGGCAGAGUCAUGGAGGUGCAUGUUGGAGGACUACACCCCUGAAGUUGUCGAAGCCAUGGAGAUGACUUUCACUGUCUCUUGGGGUGGUGAGAAAGCUGAACUUGAUCCAAAAGAACCCGGAAAAUCUGUCACUGGAUCUAAUAGGAAAGAAUUUGUCGCUGCCUUUGUCAACCAUGCCUUUAACAAAUCAGUGGAGGGAGUGUUUAAACUCUUCAAGGAAGGGUUUUUCAAAGUGUGCAACAUAGAUGUUGUGGAGUUCUUCCAGCCUGAGGAACUUCAGACAGUCGUGGUGGGCCAGGAAAACUACGACUGGGAGGUCUUCAAGGAGAACACAGUUUAUGAAGGAAACUAUCAUGCUGAUCAUCCAACCAUCAUCACCUUUUGGAAGGUGUUUGAAAAUCUCUCGGCAGAAGAGAAGAAAAAGUUCCUCUUGUUCCUCACAGGCUGUGACAGAGUCCCCUUCUUGGGAAUGAAGUGCAUCAGGAUGAGAGUGGCCAUGAUGCCAGAUGCCACAGAGAUCCACUUGCCUGAAUCCCUCACCUGCCAUACCUUGCUGCUGCUGCCCAACUACAAGCGAUACCCAGUAGAGAGGACGAUGGAGGCCAGGCUCCUUCAGGCCAUUAAUCACAACAGAGGCUUCUGGAAGAACUAGAAAUCUUUCUACAAGCAUACCUUAUUGGUUAUUUGGUUUUCCACAAUGUGCAACAUCUAAAGAUUCAUUAACCUUUUAAAGACAUUACUGCAAUAUUAUCUAAGAUAUACACACCUGUAAUAGUUGUCAUUUACAGAUGAAUGUUUCCAGGCUCAGUUCUUUAGAGUUUAUUUAAAAAUGUAAAGUAUUACACUUAUUUAUCUGUCCAUGAUGGAUGGAUGGGAAAUGGGACACUGGAAGAAAAGAAGGAAGAAACAAAGUGGAUAGAGACUAGGAAGCAAAGAAUAGGACAGAGGGACAAAGAGAUCUAACGACUUCAAUUUACAAAAAUACAGGAUGGCUGGAAAAGACGGAAAAGUCUGGAAAUACAAAUAUUUUUCAUACUUAUCCAGAUAUAAGAAACAUUGAAGGAAGGAGUAAAUUCCAGGCUGUGUAGAAAUCCUGUCUAAAUAAUGCUGACAUAUUCUGUUUCACAAUAACUUUGUAAUUAUUGAUGUAACUAGAACACAAUAAUUAGAUUACACCUUAGAUCAAGAGCUCACUUUAUACACAAUUAAGUAAAGCCACAACAAGCUUUAAACAUGUAUCAGAAUGUUUCCACAUAAAAGCUCCAGCUUUGUUGAAUUACAAACUAUUUUUUUUUUAACUCCAAAAGGACAAAAUAGACCAGCAUCAACGCAUAAGUCUCAGUGGUGAUUCAUAUUUAAUCCACAUUUAAUUUCUGGAGUUCAGACAAUUCAGGGGAAUAACAUUUGAGACUUUAUCCAUAUUUGUUCUUUGCAUUAUUUUUCUUGUACAUUGAAAACUCUGCUUAAAAAAAGAGCAAUACUAGUUAUUUCUGCAUUAUAAGAGUAAAUAAACCUUCAACAUCAGCAACGUCUUACAGUUCUUUAUUUUGACAAAAAAUAUUAAAUAAACAGAACAGUGAUAAAAAUGUACAUCUGAGUCCAACAUGGUGAUGUGUAAAUUCUGAUUUGCUUCACGGGUCUGGGACAGUUUUUAUUUUUGCAAGAAUUCAGCACAUUUGGGGCAUUUUGUUGUGCAAAUUUAGCUACAAACAGUUUAAAAACCAAUUUUUACAUCACUUUCAUUGUUCAGUUUCUUCAUUUUAUCAUCUUUCCUCCUUCCGGUAAACUUCGACUCCCAGUCAGCAUCACGUCGCAGCGAUAAAAGAAUCCAUCUUUCUAGGCAAAAUGCUUCAUAUUUAAAUAAGUGCUCAUUAAAAAAAGCUUCAGUAGCAAUGAAGUUUCAUGUCAAUGUGAAUUACACCUGGGCUGGAAAUAAGCCUUAAUAUUGGAAACAUAAAAAUGUCUGAUAUUAAAUUACAUUUAUUCAGCAGUAAACUUCUACAGUCUAUCUUUGUGUUUUUGCAUCUAACAUCGUUCCUUCCAGCAGGUCUCUGUCCAAGACGUCCGCUCUUACAAACCUCGCACAUGUCACGGAGCACAAACUAAAGGGUUAAACAUUUGAAGCUGCAUUCGUCAUGUAAACUUUUUCUCCACAGGGUCUGACAUUUCUCAGUAAAGAAGCGACAGAAAAAGUUACACAAAAUAUUUAGGAAAAGCUAGCCGAUCAGGUAGCAACCUGGAUUAGAGUUUGCUCAUAGCAUCAGGUGGCGGGGUAAAUGUGAGGCUAAUGUGCUUUCUUUGUGCAGUCUUUAAUAAAACACCUGCGACGACCAGACGAGCAAAAUCUGCAACGUAACGACUUAAUUCACAGACGUACAUAAAUAUUUAU